CCAAGAUGGCGGCGCUCGGGCGUGAGGCUGGAGACGACGUGCGGGUUGCCGGUGUGGUACCGGGGGGAGCUGCGGAAGUGCCUAAGGACAUCAAGAUACCAACAUACACACAUGGUCAGUCCAGGCCUUCUCUAGGAGAUGCAAAACUCAGAAAACCAGUAGUCAUCGAAAUCAUAGAAAAAAAAAUUGAAUGCCUUAGAGAAGAAAAGACUUUAAAUAUAUAUGGAACACUGACUUUUGGAACAACAGCUGCUUUCUCUGGAAUGUUGACAAACUUCAUUUUCAGACAUCGCUUAAAGGUCACACAUGAUGUUUUGAAGACAUAUGCAUCAUUGACUGCACUUCCAUUUUUGUCUACCAUAGUUUCUUAUAAGCUUCUUGUAACAGAUGCUUUGUGUUCAGGUAACAUAAGCCAGGAAAAUUGUGUUCUUAGAAGUUCACUGAUUGGCAUAGCAUGUGGUGUUUUAUAUCCCACUGCUUUGGCUUUUUCUAAAAAUGGGCGUCUAGCAUUCAAGUAUCAUACUGUUCCCCUGCCACCAAAAGGAAGGGUUUUACUUUAUUGGCUGCUGCUUUGUCAUACAGAGAUAAAAGCAAUGGUGAUCCCUCUCAUCCUUCAGACAACCUUUGGAAUAUUUCAUGGUCUGCAGCACUAUGCAAUAUUUGAAAGUACACUUGAGAAAACUGUACAUGAAGAUUAACUGAAGAAUGAAUGGACACUAAAUCAGCUGAAUGAACUUUUUUAUAAGGACUCAGGCAUUGCCGAAAGAGUUAAAAAAUAAUUCUGGAUAGACAGUUUGUCUCUUUUCCUUUUGCCCGGUAU